AUGGUCCUCAGACCAAAGCACAAGGUAGAGUGUGUAAGAGUGUCCAGCACAGCCCAGGCCUUUGGACUCUGCGGUUGGACUAAAACUGGUAUUGCAUUGUUGUAUGAUGAAGUAUCUGAAAAUGCCUAUGACAUCCGACUGAAGCUUACAAAAGAGGUAUUAACAAUUCAAAAACAAGAUGUCGUCUGUGUUAGUGGAAGUGAUCACAGUGCAAAUAGAUCAGAAUAUGCUAUUGGAGUGCGAGAUAUGUUAUUCGGUUCCCCUGGACCAUCUAGUGAUCACAGCAGUGGAGCUUCAUCACCUCUCUUUGACAGUGGUUUACAUUUAAAUGGAAACUCGACUAACACGGCUCCAUCAUCACCUUCUUCACCCAUAGCUAAUGAACCAAAAUACGAGAAGCGCUGGCUAGACACCUUAUCAGUUCCUCUGUCGAUGUCUCACAUCUUGAGGUACAAAGCUGGAACAGAUAAAUUAAGAUCUAAUGCAUUUGAAGUGCUGGCACUCGAUGGAGUUAGUACUGGGAUACUUCAGUUAUAUACAGCCCAGGAGAGUGCUGACUGUCUGAGAGCAAUAUCAACUAACAUCAGUGGUUUGACACUUCAAAAUAUGAAAAUGACAAAUAAAUGCUGUUCUCCCUCAGACCAGGUCAUACAUAUGGGAUGGGUAAAUGAGAAACUUGAAGGAACUGAUUCAUCUCAGCUCUACAAAUUCAAGUUUCUGGCACUGAAGGGUUCAUCCUUCUACAUUUUCAGCACUCCACCGGUAAGCACACUAGACUGGGUACGAGCUGAAAAAAUCUAUAACCUCUGUGAGGUUCUGUUUAAAAUUCACAAGCUCUGGCUUGCUGAUGAUUGCUGGCUACAAGCAAACUUGUAUUUAGGUAUUCAUCAAGACUAUGAUCUUGAAGACCAGAGGCCAUAUUGUUUCAGUGUUAUGGUUGGACAUGGCAAGAGUCAUUAUUUCAAUGUAGAGCUUGGCAUUGAGUUGGCAGUGUGGGAGAAAUCUUUUCAAAGAGCAAUUUUCUUGGAAGUUCAAAGAACAGGGGUAAGUAAUGAAUAAUUUGAAUCCUGGAGCCAUUUCAUCAGUAAAAUAUUCUGUAACAAAUUUUAGCAA